GACCAAUGAGCGCUUGGGCACGAAAAAGGCGCCAAGAACAGUUCGUCCGAGUUGAAGAGGGAGAUGGCGACGGCGAUUCUGCGGCAGCGGUUGAUGGUGAGGGAGUGAGAGCUGCCCGGGCCCGGCAGGCCGGCCAUGGGUUCGCACAACCUCGCCUUCCUGGUGGACACCGCGGCCUCGGAGGGCGGCCUGAGCCCAGCGCUGGUGCGGCGGGCCGCGCUCCGGGUGCUGCUUCAUUCGGCCUGUCGCGCCGGCUUCCAGGACGUCCGCUGGGCCUUUAAACUCUUCGACUCGGCGGCGGCGCGGGGCCGCGUGUCCCGGGGCCACGGCUUCAGGGAGCUGCGGCUGAAGCACCUGGAGGAACUGGAGGAGGCCCUGAGCCGGGAGCUGGGCCGGAGCCGGCGGCGGGGGACGGCGGCCGCCACUCAGACCGCGCUGAUCGAGGCCUUGUCGGACUACCCGUGGGAUCGUCCCGACAUCACCUCCCCGGCCAAGCCUGGCCGCGGGUCAGCGGCCGAGGCCCCGCAGCCCCGGCCUCGCAAUGUCCUCUUCCUCUUCGCCCCCUGCCCUCUCUCCCGGGCCGACCUGGGCAGCUUCCUGCAGCUCCCGGCCGCCGACAGCUGUCACCAACUGGCGGAGAAAAUCAUCCCGCCGCCGGUCCGGGCACUGCUCUCCGGCCACAGCAUCGCCCUGCAUUGGGUGGACACCCAGCCCUUGCAUCAGUUCAUUGGAACGUCUGAUCAUGUUGGCUAUAGGUUAAUUUCAGAGGUGAUGCGAUUGGUUGGUGGGAGCUUAAUUCCAUUUGCUGCUUUAAUGAAACUUUCACUUAAAGAUUCUCAUUUACCAUUGGAGAAAACAUCACUGAGCUCCCAAGUUGGCCAGAAGAAUGGAAAGGACGCAAAGGAAUAUGUAGAACAGUUGAAAACAGUAGAUGCUCUAUUUCCAUUUGAUUGCACCAUGAAUUAUUUUGUGAGCAUUGAUAGUUUCUAUCGAAAUACAUUUCCGCUUCAACAUGGAUUACUGACUGUAACACAAGGAGGGCAGAAGGUUUGCUGUCCUAUCAUUUUGGAGCCAAUUUCCUGUACUCAGAAGUACCUGACCGACUCAGUAAACAUUAUUGUAAAAGGAGUUAUGAAGAAUUGGGAUCCAAAAAGAACAGACUUGUCUACACAUUCUUGGGUCCUGCAGCAAGCUGAACAGAACAAAACUAAAGAUAACUGCCUUCUUCAACUACUUCUGCAGGAAAUGGCUUGCAACAAAUUGCACGUGGUUGCUGAUAUAGAGAUGAAUGAUUGCCUAGCCAUGUGUACAGGAAUACUGUCUCCCUUGCUUUGUAAUACUGCAGUGUUCACGCUAAUUUGGGAACGAUCAGUCGAGUUUGAGGAGCUUCUCCUGCAGGCAGGCAUAACAGAGAGGAGCCAGGAAAUGUCCUCUGAGCUCUCAGACAUUGUGGACAAAGCACUGAACCUCAUCUCUGACACCCCCAAAGAAUGUCUGACCAGUUCAGAUGUUACUGUUCCGGAUUGGGUACACUUAGAGUUGUCUGAGACCUCCAAUCAAAGCAUUUCCUUUGUUGAAGGGUGGUUUCCAUUAUCUGAAUUAUCAGGAGCAAGCUCCACUCUGAUGGAAUCAUUCAGAUCAAUUCAAGCAACAGAUGACAAAGAGAACCUAGACUCUGAACUGGCUCUAACUGGUCAUUUAGCUGAGUUUUACCAGAGGAAAUCUGCAGGUGAAGCUGGAGCAAGUAUAGAGCAUGGAGCUAAAAGAAGACGGUGUGGUCCACGAACUCCCAUCCGGCAGAAGAUGAAAUCAAUGAGUCGUUCUCUCCAGAUGUUGAAUGUUGCCAGGCUAAAUGUGAAAGCUCAAAAAAGUCAGACAGAUGGGGUGCAACCCCUCUCUGGAGAGAUAUCUACCAAUCAAUCCAAAAAACAUUUGGGGCACAAAUGGAAAAAUAAAAAAGUGAGAAAGGAUAUUGCAGAUUUUAAAAGUAGUGAGGAGAUGAUUUCCAGUCUGAAAGAAACCUACCAGAAAUAUGUUUCGGAGGAAGAAUUGCCUCAGUUCAAUUUCAUAAAAAAUGCAAUCACUGUCAUUAAGAUGUAUCUAGAAUCUGCUAACACUGAAGAUCUUGAGGUCGCGUGCAUAAAUCUAAUCCGGAUGCAGUUACUAAAGAGCAGCAAAUCCAUUCGACAGCAGUAUGGAAACCAGGAGAAUAAGGAAUGUAAAGUCAGAGACUGCCAGCUCCAGGUCUUGUUGUGCUUGGAGAUGUGUCAGCAGUUUCCAUCAUUGCAAAGUGACAAUGAGCAGUUGGAACAGCUAGUGGAAGAAAUGACAAAUCUCCUGCGCAUAAUAUCUUUAACAAAAGACACCACGUUCCUUACAGCGUUUCUGGAGGAAGAGAUUUUAAAUACAUAUUUGCUCACGGUGCCAAAAAUAUUGGGCGAGUUAUACUUCGGAUUAGGGCAGAACGUCCCAGCACGUCUCGCCUCAGUGCUUCCUGCUGACUUUUUCAGUGACGAAUCUAUGAGUCAAGAAGCCAAGUCACCUGGUAGCUCCCAACCAGCCUCACUAGCUCCAAAUAGCAGCUGUGCAGACUUUGAAGGAGAACAGCUAGGAGAACUGCGUACCAGGUCUUGUAGGAAAAGAAGGAACUUUCCAAUGACUAGACAUCGGAGCACGUCAGAGGUGUCCCAUAAUCUGCGGCAAAUCCAAAUGCCAAAGAAGUCUGUAAAACAGCAGGAGAAUGUGCAGUCUCAUCUGUCCUUGGCUAUUGAGCAACCAAAGCUACUACAGUCUUCAUCACAAAAGGACGUACAAGAGGUUACAAAAGUGAGAAGAAACCUUUUUAAUCGUGAAAUGUUGUCGCCAAGGAAAAAAUCAAAGAUGCUAAGAAGCCAGUCUCUGUCAGUUGAUAAGGGAGUGAGGCAACUACACAGUGAAGAAAAGACCACUAAAAGUAAUCGGAAAUUGCUAACCAAGAAAGUGACUGAGACACCACUUCACAAGCAGGUGCCACAGCGGCUUCUGCACAAGCAGAUUCAAGGAAGGUGUUCAGAGUCCAACUCUGAUGUUAGUAUUGUAGAAGAAUCUCCAGAGAAAGCAUUGUCUAACAACUUGUGUCUAAGGAGGAGCCCACGCAUCAGAAAGGCAUCACUUGCCCGGAGACAUUCUAGCACAUUCUACUCUGGUUCUCGUCCAAUGUCUCGGAGUCUGGAGCGAGUCCAGUCAUUGUCACAAAAAGCAAAAGGAGCAGGCAACCAAGCCAUCCAGUCUCCAAAUCGUUUUCUCUUCGGUGCUGUAUUUGGACUUGAGAGUCCUAAGAACAAGAGGAUUCGUUCACCUUCUGAGGGAUUAUUAGUUAAGGGUCCAAAGUCUUGUCCCCAGCAAACGUUGAACUCUCCUGACAAGACCAGAGCUGCCCAAAGAUCCCGGCCAACACACCAUUAUUUAACACCAAGGAAGAAAGUAAAGAAUGCCAAAAUCCCAUCCAAGAACCUAAAUUUUGCCAAAAAUUUCUUAAAUAAAGGAUCUUCACCCCGGAAAAUAGCAACAGAUUCACAAUUUCAGUCACCAAGGCGAAGUGAACGUUUGAUUAAAGCAACAAUUGAAGAAGGUAAUUCACCAUGGAAAAUGGAAGGCCAAUCUCUAUUUAAAUCUCCUUCCACUGUUAGUGUACAGCUGAAGCUGACGUCUCCUUACAAAGACCAUUCACCAGCCAAACAAUCUUCCAGGCAGAGUGAGUGUUUAGCAUCUCCUUGUACAAACCUCUCAACUGUAGAAUUUGGUUCCCAAGUGAAAGCACCAGUCAAAGAUGUAUCUGUGUUGAGUAGUUCAGAAAUAGAAUCAAAAAGACCAUCUCCAUCCUGUUUGAUUGAUACCUUGUCAAAAGAUAAACCAUCGAAGCUCUGUACAUCAGGAAAACUAAAAUUAAGGAAGUCAAAAUCUGAUGAAUUAUUGAUCUCUUGCACACCAGCGAAAUCUUUUGUUUCUCCCCAAAAAUUGUGGAUAUCAGAAUCCUCAAAGACAACUGGUGGAAGAGGCCUUGAUUUGAGCUCACCAGAUAAAAGCAAUUGUUCGCAAUCAAUUCCAAGCACCCCUUCUACAUCAAGGAAUAUUAGUAAAGCCAGUCCUCAAACACCACUUAAAACUCCAGUCAUGACCAGAUCAAUGUGGAGUCUGCGUACACCAACCAGGUUUAAUGAGAGUCCAGGAAAAACAAGAGUGGGCUAUCAUGCUACUCCUUCAAAAUCUCAGUUGAAGACACCAUCUAAAUCUGUAACACCACCUAAAAGCCCAGCGAAGACACGGUCAAUGUUUAACAGAACGCCGGCAAAAUCUCAGUCAAAGCCACCACCAAAAUACUCUACAAGGUCACCUAAAAGCCCUAUAAAGACACAGUCAGUUUUUAACGUAACACCAUUGAAAACUGAGGUGACAGAGCUUUCUAAAUGCAGUGCAACAUCUCCAUACCUCAAAUCCUCAAGGUCAAGAGCAAGGGCUGGGCUUAACGCUGUAUUCUCAAAAGUUGAUCAGAAAAAACCAUCAAAUUGUAACUCUACACCAGAUAAAAGCCCAGUUGGGACUUUGUCACCUUCUACAUCAAAUUCAACAUCUCCAUAUCUCAAAGAUACAAUGAGGGUAAGGCUUGGGUUUAACAUUACAGAAUCUAAGCAUGAUGUACAUGAUUUAUCUGAAGCUCAGGCAAUAUUGGAUACAUCAAUUAAAUUAGUUUCUGAAGCUGAAGCAAUUACAGUACCACUGAAAAUUCCACCAGAACCUGCCACUUCAGUGCCCAGAUUAAACCAAGUUUUUAAAACCCCAGAAAAAAAUAUGAGCACAAUUUAUAAUGCAUGGAAUAAGUCCCCAAAGAACGUCAAGGUAUUUGGGAAAUCAAAGGCCAGUAUGUAUGAGUGUAUGCAACAAGAAAACAUUGGGAUUCCUAACACAACUGAAAGCUGUGUUACCAACCAGACAGCUUCUGGCAGUUGGUUAAAAGUAACUUGUGACAACUCACAUAAUCUUAGAGCAGACUGUUUUAAUGCUGUUGGAGCUUUGGAUUCAUCACAUUCUGUCUCAUGCCUUUCUCAAAGCACAGCCUCUGAACUUGUUUUAAUAUUGGAGAAACCAGAUUCAUCUCCUUUGGCUAGUAGAAUUGAUUCUAGUGCAACUGGCUUGCAGACAAAAGAAAAUAGUGAUAUAUCACAAGAUUGUCUUUCACCAAAGGAAGGCUCUGGCUUAAGAAUGAAAUUUGCUGUGCAGAGAAACGUUUCUAAUUCCAGUGUUAAUUUUGUGGCUCCUACUAAAUCAUCCCUGCUUCAAAAGGAAUCCACGUCAUAUGAGUUCCGCUGGACUCCAGAUAGGAGACAGAGACUUGCAGCAGCACAGCAGCAGCAGAUGCUUGAAGUUCCAAGGGAAACAUCAACUCCAAAUGUUUGCAAUUGGCCCUCAAUGCCAACCUAUGAGGUUGAGCUGGAAAUGCAAGAUUCUGGGCUUCCCAAACUCCGAUUCAAGCGGACCAAUUCCAGUGCAGGGGUUAGUCCAAAGCUGAAGAAAUCUGUCAGUGAAAGCAAUAAUAGUCCUCUCUCGGGUUACUUAAAGAGAAGUGGGUGCGAAAGUCCAUUAGGUGAGGCGCAGGCACAAUUUUGCAUUAAACAUUCGGGAAGAACCGAAGCAGGUCAUAUAUCCCCAUCAUUUUGUUUCCAUACGUCUCUCAGCACUCCAGCAAAGGCUACACCUAGAAAAGGGGGUGUGCAGACUUAUAUCUGCCAAUCCUAUACGCCAAACCAGUGCUCCUCUAACACAUCCUCUCCAUCACAAACAGAUUUGGGAGCCGUGCCCUGGACUCCUUCACCCACACACAAGCUUCGGCCCUCCCAAACACCAGAUGCCAUUAAAAACUGGCCAAGAAAGAAGAAAGCAGCCACCACUCCACUCAGUAGGAAGAGUCAGAAGGUGGGCGAACCUAUAGUCAUGCAAAAAGAUGGCAACAUUCCUACAGAACACUAUAGCAGCAAAACUCUGCCUUUAGAAGAGCUGAGUAUGGAAGGAGUGAGCAGGUUACAAGAUCAAUCCCCUAAUGUGGAAUGGGACCAAAGAUUUCCAGAUAGUCCAGUGACAACGUUUGCCCUUCAUUCUAGAAAACGUGGGAGUAGUUUUAUCUCUCCUGUGGCAACAGAAGGAAGAGAAGUUAAAAAGCGCAAGGAGACAAAUUUUACUGGAACUUCUUCAGAAUCUGGAUUUACAUCAGUAGAGCUGCAAAAGAGACAGUCUUCUCCCAGCUCUUCUGCUCCUAUUCAUGAAACUAUAUUGCACUGUUCAGUUGACGAUGAUGUCUUCAAUAGUCCAGUUGAAACAUCACCAAGUUACAAAGUUAAAUCAGGUCUGUCUGCCAGUGGCCUGCUGACACUCACUCAGUCACCAUUGUUGUAUACUGGGAGAACACCAGCGAAAAAAAGAACUGGUAUCAAAGAUAUUGUACCAAUAGACAGCUCCCCUUCCAAGAGAUUGGCUGGUGACAUUGAACAAGACUAUUCUCCUUUCGCCAAAAUGCCAGUUCGCCGCUGCAUUACAAAGACCUACUCCAGAAAAAAACUUGCUAAUUAACUAGAACCACCUUAAUCUUGGUGAUAAUACCUGGUAGUUUUGUUUCAGUUUCUUUUCUCUGGGGAAACAUUGUAUAGGACUAUGGAUAUCUUGAAUGUUGGAAUUGCUUUGUAGUGGUAACAGUGGAUGUGAUAAAGCACUUCAAAUGGAAUGAACUUGGAGUUAAGCUCCAAUACUACAUUGCCACUAGGUUUGAGUAAACUUGCAUUCAUGUAAUAAGGCUGACUGAACCAUUCAAACUGGACAUUGUCUUCAAAGGAGAAAAAAUUAAGUUAUUUUUUAAAAUAUGCAUUGUAUUUGAAAGAUUUUCCCCACCCCUUAAGUGUCAGUGCAGACUUGGGCUAAAACCAUUUGGAUUAAAUGAAGGUAAAGUUUGAAUGCCCACAAUGGGUCACUUGCUAGGUCUUUUUCACAAGACUAGACUAAAUGGAAAAGGAUUAGUUCUUGCUGUUAAUGUAAUUUUACACAUUGAAAAUGGUUGGCUCAAUUCUUUUAGAUGUUUGAAUAGAAUGGACCUGUGUAAUUGCUGAUAAGAGGUAUAAUAUAAAGAAAGAAAUAAAGUGGACUGAGUGGUCAUCUCCACCAACCUAUGAUUAAAAUCAUUACAAAUUACAUUAUUUUAAACAAAGUUAAAAGUUUCGAGUAAUAUAGCCUAUUUUAACAUUCUUUUGAUUUUAUCUUUAAUUGCAAUUGGGAUGUACAUGAAAAUUUUAAAAGAAGCUAUCUUGAAUUCCCACUGACUUUAAGACUGUUAACCCAGUGCUGUGAGAAGAAAGGUUUUUGAAUCACAUGCCUCUGCUCCUCGCACUGUACUGAAUGGUCAGAGCAAACCUGCAAUUUUAGAACCUUUCCAGUCCUGGGCUUCUCCCAGUGUGGUUCAGUCCUCCAUUACCUGUCUAAAAAAAGUUCAAUUGCGCCCUGGUUUUAAAAUUGGAACUCCUAAUGUGCUACCAAAACUUUUUAUUGGAGAGCACCCAAGUUAUAUUUUGUACUAUUAAAGUUAAAUACAAUUUUAUCUUUUCAGAUGUUGUCAUAUAUUAAUUUGAAAUGAAUUUUUACAGAAAGUCACAGAAUUUUUUCAGGUCUUUGGAUUUCUUUUAAAUUAUCUCAUUGAUAAUUCUUAAAUUUCGAUAAAAGAGAAAAUGAACUAGACACAUUUAUGCUGAAUGUAGAUGUGGGUUAUGCAUAAGAUUUCUAUUUGUGUACGAACUAAUUUUGUGGGGGGGGUGGGAGUGUAAAUACUGUAAAGUGGUCUUAAAUGAAAGCUAUUAUAAGUAUUUUGUACAGUUAGUGAUAAACUCAUUGUUUAUUUUACGAUGUGGAAAUUGUAUUAUAAGUGCAUGCAGCUUGUACAUGCUACUGCAUAGACACCAUCAUGUUGAAGGUGCAUUAAAGACAAAUGAACCUUGCUUUUCAAGUGUUCAUCCACC